AUGGUUCCAGAGUUCGUUGCCUUUCAGCCCAAUUUCCAAGCAGCAGCCAAGUUCGAAGCAGCAGCCAAGUUCGAAGCAGCAGCCAAGUUCGAAGCAGCAGCCAAGUUCGAAGCAGCAGCCAAGUUCGAAGCAGCAGCCAAGUUCGAAGCAGCAGCCAAGUUCGAAACAGCGAGCUGUCGGGUUCCCGAUGCUGGUAACGAGCGCAGAACUCGUCCUCAAAUGGCAAGAUUUGAAGCAACCCGCCUACCUCUCGUACAGUCAUGGAGGCGUAAUUUCCAGAUGCUUGUGUUGCCUUUUUCCGGUUUUCUCGCACACGAACUCACGGAAAGACUAUCGGUUUCGCCACUGGGGCAAGCCUCGCCAAAUAUGACAACUGAUCAAGAAAGACGCGUGAAAGCCUGGUUGCGUGCGGAAUUGGCGAGGCGUCGAGCAACUCUGGAAAGGGCACGAUCUGUAUACGGCACGCUAGAUCAACGACAAAUGGAGACUCACGGAAUUCUACAGAAUCCCCCUACUUCCUCGAUUAGACCUCUGACGAUAGAUGAGCCCCGAACACUGCGAGUAUCAAGCAGAGCUAAUUCCCGUUACCUGUUCGAACUGAUGCAGCAAGGGCAUGGGAUCUUGCCUCGCCAUCCGUUGCCCUCUUUCAGCGACCUCAACUCGCUGGAGGGCCCAGAUUCGCUGGGCUCGAUACGUAGUCUCAGGAACGGUACUCCGCCUAUUCGUCUGGUGAUCACUCCCCCGAGUCCGGCCCUUUCGAGUUCGUCUGAUUCUUCCUCAUCUUCUUCAUCUACUGUCGUCGGCUCUCCCCCCCAAGGCACGCAUGACCUGAUUUUCGAGAGUGAGCUUGAGGAGGAGCGAGGUAGAUUGCUCUCACUGUCUCUGGCUAGACGCCGUGAGACUUUCGCAUCUUUGCCACCUUCGGGAUCUCGGUCUUGA